ACGCGUGGGUCAACCCCACUCGUCAGCCAGAGCGAAUGAGCGACGGCCGACGGUGGCAACCGUAACGGCAGCAGCGAGUCGGGUCGCGUGUUUAUUAGUUCGGCUGGCACGCACUCGCGCCACACCGCACUCGUAGUUCUUCCACGGCGGCCACUUGCCUCCGCCCGUCGGCCUCCUUGGGUGCUCCUUUCUUUCUUCCUCCCCCGAUGACCAGCUGAACCUCCGGCAUUGCGCCGUCCGCACACUCCCACCGCCCUUCCCGGCUUCCGAGGUGCAAUGGCGCCCUCCUCGUCCUCUCGCAGGGCCGAAGCUCCGCUCCUCCUGCUGCUCCUCUGCUGCAUUUCCACGGCGGUCACCUCGCAGUCGCCGACGCCCGCGUCCUCGCAGGCCAAGACGCUCUACCGCGUGUGCCGCCUCCUCGGCUUCCCGCCCGCGCUGGCCGCGCUCGCCAAGGCGCCCGACCCCUGCGCGCUGCCGCCCACGCCGUCGCUCACCGUCGCCUGCGCGGCCGGCCAGGUCACGGCGCUCUCCGUGCUCGGCGACCGCCGGCCCGACCCGGCGUGGCGCACCGCGCUGCCCUCCAACUUCUCCGCCGACGCGCUCUUCACCACACUCACCCGCCUCCCGGCGCUGUCGCGCCUGGAGCUCGUCGCGCUCGGCCUCUGGGGGCCGCUCCCGGGCGCCAAGCUGCUCCGCCUCGGGGCGCUGCAGGCGCUCAACCUCAGCGCCAACUACCUCUACGGCGCCGUCCCCGAGCAGGUGGCGCGCAUGUACUCGCUGCAGAGCCUCGUGCUGUCCGGGAACUGGCUCAACGGCACCGUGCCGUCCCUCUCCGGGCUCGCGUUCCUCCACGAGGUCGACCUGGGCCGGAACAGGCUCGACGGCGCGUUCCCGGGGGUGGGGAAGGCGGUGGCGACGCUCGUCCUCGCCGACAACAACUUCACCGGGAAGAUCCCGGCGGAGGUGGCUUCUCUGGGCCAGCUCCGGUUCUUGGACGUGUCACGGAACCGGCUGGAGGGGUGGAUCCCCUCCGCCAUCUUCGCGCUCCCCGCGCUGCACCACAUCAACCUGUCGCACAACAAGCUCUCCGGGCAGCUGCCGGCGAGCACGGCGUGCGCGGACACGCUGGAGUUCGUCGAUGUCUCCGCCAACCUGCUCAUUGGGGCGCGCCCGGCGUGCAUGCGGUCCAACUCGUCGGCGCGCACGGUCCUCGACGCGGGCAAUUGCUUCCGCGACGCCAAGCUGCAGCGGCCGAGUACCUACUGCAGCCCGGGGGCGCUCGCCGCGCUGCUGCCGCCGCCGCAGGGGAGCGGCGCUGAGCAGGGUGGGGGUAAAGGCGGCGGGGUGGGGAUGGUUCUUGGCAUUGUGGGCGGCGUCGUGGCAGGCGCAUUGCUCAUCGCGCUGGUGAUGGUGGUGGUGCUGAGGAGGGCGAGGAGGCAGCACCCCGGGGUGAUGGCCCUGCCGAAGUCACCGUUGAUAAGGGCGGCGAAGAAGGGGGACAGCGCGAAAGCUACAGCGAAGAUGUCCCAGAAGAUCGCUACCCCUGCCGAUAAGAGGCAUGCAUCGCAAGCCGCGAUGGUAAAUACGCUGGAAGUACCGGCGUAUCGCGUAUAUACCACCGAGGAGCUCCAAGAAGCCACGGACAACUUUGCAUCCUCCAACCUGAUCAAGAAGAGUGCCCUUGCACAGCAUUACAACGGCCAGCUUCAAGAUGGCACAAGAGUUUUGGUGAAAUGUCUCAGACUAAAGCCAAAGUAUUCUCCUCAGAGCCUGUCCCAUUACAUGGAGAUAAUUUCUAAGUUCCGCCACCGCCACUUGGUUAGCAUCAUUGGUCACUGUAUUGUCAAUGAUCAGGAAAAUCCCACUAUUGCUAGCUCGGUAUACCUCAUUUCUGAAUGUGUAACAAAUGGAUCUCUAAGAAGUCAUCUUACCGAGUGGAGGAAGCGCGAAAUGCUGAAAUGGCCGCAGCGGGUUACUGCUGCCAUUGGUAUCGCGAGAGGGAUCCAGUUCUUGCACAAUUUGACUGCCCCGGACAUUGUACAGAAUGAUCUCAACAUUGAGAAUAUUCUGCUGGACAAGACCCUCACUUCAAAAAUUAGCGGCUUCAGUCUGCCGAUGAUGUCGACCAGCAAGAAUGGCAAGCUGUUCUCUGAAAACCCUUUCGCUGUCCAGGAAGAAAACGACCAUGGCAGUGCUCAACCUGCAGAACAUGGGGACAGGGAUGACAUAUACCAGUUCGGCCAAAUUCUUCUUGAAGUGAUCACAGGCAAACCAACGGCGUCGCGAAGCGAGUUGGAACCCCUGAGAGCUCAGCUGAGCGGGGCCCUGGCUGAAGACCCGGACAUGCUGAAAGACAUGGCCGACCCGACGAUCCGCGGCACAUUUGCGGUGGACUCCCUCAGCAAGGUGACUGAGGUGGCCCUCAACUGCACGGCUGGUGACCCCAGCGACCGGCCUUCCGUCGACGACGUGCUGUGGAACCUGCAGUACUCCAUGCAGGUGCAGGACGGGUGGGCGAGCAGCGAGAGCUUGAGCUUGAGCGUGAAAUCGCAGGCGUGGUGAGUGCGAUGCUCUUUUGUAGCGGUGCACCUUUAUGGCUGGCCUUUUGCUGUGGAAGGGAGAAGCAAAUGUUACUUAUUCCCCGUAUAUAGAAGCGUGCUACUCCAGAACAUGGGGAGUAUUUGUUGUUUUUGUCGUCGUAAACUCCAGCACUAUUAAGUCGAAAUCAUUAGAAAGAGAUCACUAGCUUUUCUUGUUUUUUUAAGAGAUCACUAGCUUAUUUUCUGUUGUUUGUUGUAUAAACACCAGGGCUAUCAUGUUGAAACCAUUAGAUCACUAGCUUAUGCUGACAUCUGUCUAUCUAUCAUCUAUUACUAUAUAAUUGUUAAACCUUGUUA